UAGUGGAAGAGUAAAAAGGCACAUACCGACACUGGCAGUAUUGUGUCACUGGACUAACCAGAAUAAAGUCAUACAACUGGGAGAAGCAAUAAGAGAAGCUACUUUUCUGUUGUAGACUUUCUCUUGCACACCCACCACUUAACUUUGAACCGCUGGUUUCCUGAACACAACCCAGUGCUGCAUUAACGCUACUCUGAUCUUGGAGGCAAACUACCUGUCAAUCAUCACUGAGUAACUGCACCAGCUAACAGCAGGAUGCCAUUUGGAGGAGGAAAAAAGUGUGGCCGCUGUCAAAAGACAGUUUACUCCGCAGAGGAGGUAAUGUGUGACGGCCGGAGCUACCACAAGUCCUGCUUCCUGUGUAUGGUGUGUAGGAAGAGCUUGGACAGUACCACAGUUGCUUCUCAUAUGGAUGAGAUCUACUGCAAGUCAUGCUACGGCAAGAAGUACGGGCCCAAAGGUUAUGGGUAUGGUCAGGGAGCUGGGACCCUGAGCAUGGACAAGGGAGAGUCUCUGGGUAUUACACAUGAAGAUCCUGCUCCUCAUCGUCCUACCAACAACCCGAACCCGUCUAAGAUGGCUUACAAGUUUGGAGGGUCAGAAAAGUGCCCUCGCUGUGGCAAGGCUGUCUACGCCGCUGAGAAAGUGAUGGGAGCUGGCAGUGCAUGGCAUAAAACUGGAUGUUUCUGCUGUGCAACAUGUGGGAAGAGCCUUGAGUCGACCACACUAGCUGAUAAGGAUGGAGAAAUCUACUGCAAAGGGUGUUAUGCCAAACACUUUGGUCCCAAAGGGUUUGGGUACGGACAGGGCGCCGGGGCGCUGGCACACACUCAGUAGAGGACUUGUGCAGUACCGCCUCCAUCCUGCAGAGAGCAGACUGCUGCCAGUAGACAUCACAGACACAUUCUUAGUAUAAAUAAUCAGUACAUAAAUAAUGGGACAGCUGUUAAAUCUGGAUGUAAAACUCAUAUUUAAUAAUACCAUGCCAUUAUCUAUCUGUUUAAAACUGCAUUGUUGAUCUGUUUUUUUCUCUCUGGGAAUUAAUUAAAUUAAUUCACAAUUUUCCACCUCUGUCUUAAAACAAUAGUCAGGUGCCUAAAUACACAUUUGAAUAGGUUUUUUCUUGCCAUAAUCAUUCCUCCUGUUCAUACUAACCAUUAGAAGAUCACUUUAUGUGUGAGUGAUGGGGACAACAUCUACAGUCAUCGUUGUGUGCAAAAUUGUAUUUAAAAGUUUAUGUGAAAGUGCUCUGAAGCUUGAUUUGACAAAUUAGUAAAAUCAAGUAGGUGUCUUUCAAUGUUUGUGUGUCUUAUUAGUGCCAAAGUCCUUCUUUUUGUAACUACCACCUCAGCUCAACAGGAAAGCACAGUCUGAGGAAACAUAAAUAGGGAAUUUAAAGCUAGACUGUAAAUGUGGCAGAUAUAAUCUUGUUAUGAGAAACUCAGAGUGCUUAAGCCUCAUAAAAGUUUCAGCUAAACUUUUAUAUAACUGUGUGGACACACUAUGUAGUUUGACCUCCAUCACUUACAUUGAAAGCGCAUUUGAAAGGGAUCUUUUAAUAGCCAGUAUGAACAGGAGGAAGAUCUACAAUAUCUAUGUGACACAGUAAAAGCUGCGUGUGUGCUUUCAUAACAGCAUGACAAUAAAUAAUAUGGA